AUGCGGACGCCAACAGCGAUGAUCGUGGGGCUGGUGCUCUGCCCCUGCGGGCUCCUGCUGACACUCAUAGGCACACUGGCACCCAACUGGAGGCAGGUGAGCCUCAUACCUAACCAGCCUGUUGACCUCAUCUGGGAACAGGGCAUCUGGGACAUGUGCAGUGAGCGGCAGAGCAGCCAUGACCGCCUCUGUGGGCAGGCUGAUGAGCUGGGCUACUUUGAGAAGGUGCCUGUGAGGGCAGCCCAAGGACUGAUGCCCACCUCGCUGGUGCUCACUCUCUUAGGCUUGGUGGUGGCUGCCCUGGGAGUUCGCUGCUGGCAAAAGGAGCCACGGCACAUACUGGCUGGUGUGGCAGGACUUGUGCUGCUCCUCUCAGGGCUGCUGAGCCUCAUACCUCCCUCCUGGUACACCCAUGAGCUGUGGGUGCUGCCUGCACCAGCUGACAGCACACUGGUUGUAGGCUACAGUGUGGUGCUGAGCUACUUGGGAAGCUGCCUGGAGAUCCUGGGGGGGCUGGCACUUGCCCUCAGCUUCCAUCACUGCUGCAAGGAGCACAGGACUACUAAACUGUCCCCUACCCCUGUGCCAGAGGCUGUGCCACCCUCCACCAUUGGGGCUUACCACAAUCCCUGGGAUGUGCUGGAGGAUGAGCGAUAUGACCGGCACGGGAAGAGCACCCUACCUUGUGACUCUGACUUGUAG